AUGGGGGACUCUCCUAUCCGACGACUGUCCACCACCAGCUCAAACAGCAGCCUGAAGCGAGAAGAAGAUCUCAUCAAUGCCUACGAAGCAGAAGAAGAACGGAUCAUCAACGUAUUGUCUCGCAAACUCGAGCAGCUUCGUGAGGAGAAAAUUCAACUCGAAAACGCGCUCGAGGCAGAGUCGGAAUCUCAUGUGAAUAGGCUUAGUCGGGAAUUGUCUGCGCUUCGACUUCAGCAGCAGCGGCAGCAACAGCAACAGCAAUCCGGGACAAAUGGGACCACCGUUCCUCCAGACCAUAGUGUGGGAGUUCCGAUGUUUAUGGCUGGUCGGGACCCUAUGGUCCCAAGUGCAGAAGUCAUGCUGGAAGCCAUGAGACGGGAGAACGAGCAAUUGCGCAACCGCCUAGUUGACACAGAAAGAGAUUAUGUACGAGUAUCGCGGUUAAAUGAGGUGUAUCGUGAAGAGCUCCUUGAACAUAGGAGACGGCUCGGUCUGUCAGUCGACAACCUUGUUGGUCUGUCCUCGGCAGAUCCGUAUUCACAGCCUACGCAUCGACGAUCUGUGUCCAACCUAUCAUCGCCCAGUACAUCUGUGACGCAACCUUCACAAGCGAUCCAUGGUGUCCCUAUCCCCCGACCUUCCUCUUCGAUACGGCGCCCAAUGAACAAUAUGUCGGAAAGCAAUACACCAUUAUCGCACUCUCCUUCCUCAACAGAGUCACCAUUCCCGUUCUCGCCUAUUAUCGGAACAAAUCCUACAAGUUAUGUUAGUAAUGGGACGCACAUGACGACGCCACCAUCGUCUACUUCGCUGACGUCAAAUCCUCCAUCAACAUUCACUAUUCCUCAUAUGUUGUCCUAUCCCUCGGUACCACCGCCAUCAUUAUCUUCUUCGUACGGGUCGCCUGUGGUGUCGUACAUACCGCAUCGCGACCACUCACUGUCUCCUGUGGUCCCUCUAAGUAGGCGCAGUUCGAACGCACGAGGAAGCAUUGAGCGUCGCUUCGCGGACCCGAUGAGUAUCAGGAAUAACAGGAGUCGGAGCAGACAUGAGAGUGUUGAGAGGGGCGCACGCGUCGCGGAGACAGGACAAUUGAUUCCUCGGUCUCGCCGUGACAGUCAAAGCCUUUUGAGUCACGUAUUGGCGCGGUAUAAAAUCGCGUCGGGGGAGCAUCGCCCCUUUUUUUCAAUGUCUUACCAGUACCCAUACACCCAAGGAAAUAUGUCAAUGCCCCCAACACCCACAACACCAUACUCAUGGGAGACGACAGAACUCAACAACGACAUUCCAGAGCAGCUUGAUCAUCAUCAGCCUACUCAACACGCUUUGAAUCCACAGCAACAACCUCAAAAUAUAUACGCCAUAUCGCCUCCUAUGAUUGAGCUUCAAGAGCACGUGCCCAUUGUUCCAAGUCAACGCCGAAGUGAGGUCCCACAGCACCUGCAUCGUGUGUCAUCAGUGUCAGGGACUUCUUCAAGAAGACAAAAUGUCAUGUCCCAAGAUAUGAGGCCUCAUAUACACGUUGAUACGAUGCGCAACAUGGCAGCUAGCACUAGUCCGCCUUCUGGCCCACCAUCUGCUAGUGGUGUGCAUUCAGUCGGACCAGUGCGAGCGAAAUUACCACCCGCACACAAUAUGGUGCAUCCAUAUCGUCGCCCCCAGAGUGCGAACCCAAGACGAGAGAAUGAAUCAAAUCCACACGUGAGAUAUCCAAGUAGCAGUUACACACCAGAUCCGUCGGGACUAGCAGCCCGAACACCCACUCCUGCCUCAUUACAUAGAACCGCCAUUAUCAGCCCAUCCCAUGUCAUCCCGCCUAUACCAUCCAACGCGACAUUUAUACCCAGAGCCGAUUACUUCUUUUGCAGCGAGAGUAGAGUGACAACAGCAAUGUUUGAACUUCCAGGAGUGAAGAAGAGCGACCUGAAGAUUGAAUUAUCAAGAUUGCAGAACGGUGUGAAACAAGUGUCAAUCACAGGAGAAUCCCGACAGCCACUUCCAGACGGUUUGAUAGCACUCAAGGAACGCAAGUACGGCAAGUUUCGCAGAGUAAUUCCCGUUCGUCAUGAUACCCAGGCGAAAGACGUCUCCGUCGCUUUAGAGGACGGUGUUCUCAUUCUUCGCAUUCACCUCGGACCACCGCUCGAGCCUGAAGAGUCAGAAAUGAUACCUAUACCAUAA